UUUGCGCAAGCGCACUGCUGCUACUUAGUAGGAGUUAGCUGUGUAAUGGCGGCUGCUGUGGUGUUGUCGGCUGAUAGCCCCGCUCCUGCCUUCACAGGCGUUGGUGUCGGAGUUGGGGGAAGCAACUUUGGGCCUGCAGGACCUACUUCAUGGAGUCGUUCUUUGGACCGGUCCCUGGAGGAGGCGGCAAUCACUGGUUCGCUAAACCUAUGCGGCAGGAAGCUGAAGGAGUUUCCCAGAAGUGCCAACAAUCACGAUUUGAGCGACACGACUCGAGCUGACUUAUCUCGAAAUAGACUGCCUGAGCUGCCACCUGAAGUAUGCCACUUUGUGUCCCCUAGAGAGUCAAACCUCUAUCAGAAUUGCCUGCGACAGAUUCCAGAUGCUGUUCUUAAUCUGCAGAGUCUAACAUAUUUAAAUGUUGGGUUUUCGAACCAGCUGUCCACUCUGCCAGCUGCCAUUUGCUGCUUACCUCUGAAAGUACUGAUUGCCUGUAAUAACAAGCUAGUAUCUCUGCCUGAGGAGAUUGGGCGUCUUCAGCACCUUACUGAGCUGGAUGUGAGCUGUAAUGAGAUCCAGACGUUGCCUACACAAAUGGGCCAGUUAGAAGUGCUUCGGGAUCUGAAUAUUCGUAGAAACCAUGUGGUGCGACUUCCUGAAGAGCUGUCAGAGUUGCCCCUUGUCCGAAUAGACUUUUCCUGCAACAAAAUAACAAGCAUUCCAGUGUGCUACAGAAACCUAAGACAUCUUCAGACCAUUACGCUGGAGAACAAUCCUUUGCAGUCCCCACCUGCACAGGUUUGCAUCAAAGGGAAUCACAUUUUUAAAUUUCUGAACAUGGAGGCCUGUAGAACUGCACCUGAUUUGCCAGAUUAUGACAGAAGACCAAUGUCUUUUGGUUCUUGCCAUGAAGAUCUAUUCCCCAGUCGGUCAUAUGGUGCCCUGGACUCUGGGUUCAACAGUGUGGACAGUUGUGAUAAGCGGUGGUCUGGUAAUGAGCCUGCUGAGGAGUUCUCAGACCUGCCUCUACGUGUUGCCGAAAUUACCAAGGAGCAACGGCUCCGAAGAGAGAGUCAAUACCUAGAAAAGCGGUCUGGUGUGACAGUAUCCAAUGGAGGAGUGGAUCAUGAUCUAGAACAGAUUGACUUCAUUGACAACUGCCCCAUUGAGGAAGAAGAAGACAAGGCACGUACUCCUAAAGGGACAGAACCAGACAGUCUCAGUUCACAGUUCAUGGCCUACAUUGAACGUAGAAUCAGUCAUGAGUGCUCAAUGCGUAACCAGUCCAGUGUGGAGCAGGCAAGGCGUGAGGCUCAGCUUGCAGCACUUCAGUAUGAAGAAGAGAGACAGCGUACCAGACAGAUCCAAAGGGAAGCAGUUCUCCACUUUGUCAAGCACAAAGCUGCUCAGAGCCCUUCGAAGCAGAGCCCCACAGACAGUGAGUGCCCUUCCCUAUGCAGACGCUCUCAGCACACCGAUGACUCUGCUCUGUUAGUGAAUGGCUAUCAGCCUCUCAUGGUAUUCGAAAUAGACAGUAAUACCAACACGAUUAAGAGGAGACCAGAAACACACAAGCAGAGUGAAGACAGAUCUGCCCUCUCUCCAGGAUCACCCUUUACCACCUCAGCCCUCCAUUCACCCACCUACCCUGUGGCCCUACCCUCCCAUCGAAGCCAUUCUCAACGUCCAGAAAACUUCCUGAUGCGUGCAGCCUUGAGAGACGAGCUGAGAAGAGGUAGGUGCAGUAAGCUAACUGCAACUGUAUGUCCUGCCUGCCUGGCAUUUCUGAAAAAUGUUUUGUCUUUUUAGGGAGGGGGAGGGCUAUCCAUGUCCCCAGGCUCAGAUGUGGAAUGUGUCACUGAUGUACAGAGGGAUUCUGUCCCCACUGGGAACCCUCAGCUUGCAGAACAGCUUCGCAAGAAUAUUGAGUCCCGGUUGAAGGUUUCACUGCCCAGUGACCUGGGCUCAGCCCUCACUGAUGGAGUGGUACUAUGCCACCUGGCCAAUCACGUUCGACCACGGUCAGUGUCCAGCAUUCAUGUGCCAUCCCCUGCAGUGCCCAAGCUGACCAUGGCCAAGUGUCGACGUAAUGUAGAAAACUUUCUUGAGGCAUGUCGCAAAAUUGGAGUGCCACAGGCUCUACUGUGUCUGCCACAGCACAUUUUGGAGGACAAAGGUCUGGAUCACAUUGCCAGGACAGUCCAAGCCCUGCUGGAUUUGGCCCCCCAAAGCACCCACAACUGUCUUCUGCAUAGGACUUGAAUCUACCUGAUAUCUGAGAAGUCAAGCAGUUUCUGGACUCACACCUCCAAUCAGCUGGGAAUCCCCUGGAUGCACUCCAGGAUGGAGAGGUGAAAGGGACACCGUGCCACCUGUACCUAGCUCUCUGUUUACCUUUCCUGCAUGUCUGAUGAUUAUCAUUGCUGUUACUGAGGGGAUGAGCUCAUGCAGGCUGCAGGAAACUGUUGGCUUUCACUAUUAGACUCCCAUUUUCUGUGGACUAGGAGGGGAUAAGAGCCAAGGACUCAUAUAUAAUACCCUCUGUGGUUGUUGUGGACCGACUG